AGUCGAAGUUGGAUAUUCUAUCUAGGAAGAAACAUAACCAAAAACUAAAAAAAAAAAAAUAUACAAAAAAAUAAUCUCAUUUUUGCUGGUGAAAAAAAAAACAAAAAAAAUUACAUUUAUUUUAUCUUUCUUCCUUUUCUACCUUUGUUUGGCUUGAACAAUUUAACUGGCAAAAAUGAAUCAUUCAAUUAUUCCCUUCCUUUGUUCCUUCCUCCUCCUCUCCGCCUCCUCGGCCUCCGCCUUUAACGUUACAAAAAUCCUUAGCCAAUAUCCUGAUUACAGCAAUUUCAAUGACCUUUUAUCUAAAACUGGCUUAGCAAGUGAAAUUAACAGUAAAUCAACAAUCACUCUCUUAGCAAUCCCAAAUGGUGCAAUUGGUGAUCUAACCUCGAAAUCAAACGAUGUUGUCAAGAGUAUCUUGACAACACACGUCGUGUUAGAUUACUACGACACAAUGAAGCUCCAAAAAUUGAAGGACAAGACAACUAAAUUGACAACAAUGUUUCAAGAAUCUGGUAAAGCAUCAAAUGAUCAAGGAUUCUUGAAUGUCACUGCUAAAGACAAUACAUUUGUGUUUGGUUCAGCUGUUAAAGACGCUCAACGCGAUUCAAGACUAGAAAAAUCCGUCAUGAAUCAGCCUUAUAACAUCUCAAUUCUUGGAAUUUCUCAACCAAUUGUUACACCUGGUCUUGAUUCAGCACUUGCACCAUCAUCAGCACCACCACCAAAGGCGAAUACGCCUAAGAGUUCGCCACCAAAAGCAGAGUCCCCUGCUCAAGAAGAGGCAGAGGCACCUUCUGACGAACAAGAAUCUAAGGCCCCUUCUCCUUCUAAGAAUGCCGAUUCGCCGUCCGGUGAUUCACCUACAGCUGAUGCUCAAUCACCAUCAUCAUCAUCUGCUGGGAAAUUGAAGGUUUCUUUUGGUUUCUUUGUUGUUUUGACAUCAAUGGUUGCAGCCUCUUAAUAAAGUUAAAAGAGUUGUGGUUAGGUAAUGCUUAUUAUCUCACAAAGUCAAUUUUUUUUAUUGAAAAAAAUUUAAUUUUUUGAGAUAAUAACUAUUAGUUAAGCAAUCAUACAAGAAAUUAAUCCCUAUUAAAGGGGUUUUUGUGUUGGAUUGUAG